GUGCAGUUUGAGCGUUUCUGGUUAAUAAGCGUUUGAUUGUCGUUGUGAGAAACAGUGAUGCUAGAGUGUACAUGUAGUCUAUAUAAUGCCAAUAGCAGUCAUCCACAUCACAUCUUGCCUACCUCCUUAUCUCCCCUUCAGUUCCAUGAUUUCUUCUCUUCUGUCCUUGACUCUCCAUUGAUCCCAGGCUCUUUACUGGCACUCCUGUAUUUGCUUUGCUUUGCCUUGCUUUGCCUGGCCGUGCCUUGCCCUGACGGGCCGCUACCGCUAACCCAACGUUGGACCCCUUGUCUCUUGUUUUACACACAUUCCCUCAUUGUCCAGCCCAAAGCUGACGGGCAAAAAACUCACUGCAACACGUCACACAGCUUCAAUUCACAGCCAGCAUUGAUUCUCAGACGGCCAUUCGCCAUUUCUCAAUACCCUGUCGGCAAGAUUCAAGGCAUCCAUAGGUCCUUAACCACUCCAGCACUUUUACCCGGUGACAUGACACUGAUGCCCACUUUCAGGUCACGAUAGUCAAAGUCGCCACAGCCGCCCAAUCCCGGCGCUCCAAUUGAAGGCGCAUGCAGCGUGCCCUGCUUGUACAUGACGUGCCGGCACCGAGACGCCUCCUGACGAUAUCUUGCAGCUAACUCGGCGCUAUUUUGCCCAUUUGACGCACGUCGCAGCUGUGCCUUUGCAUCGUCAUCGUCAUCGUUAUUACAGCACCACCUCCAAAACUCCGCACCAAAACAAACCCGUCAAUCCUUGGACAACCCCGCACAGAAGUUGGGAAGCUCUGCCUCUGCUAUUGCAUUGCUUGCUGCUAAUUUCGUACUCCAUACGACGCCCAUUGCAGCUUAGCACUUGGGACAAGGUGGUGCCGAGGCCUGAUCAAG